UGACCGGCGGAACGCCGCUGCAUCCCGACUCGGGCUUCAGACUGCCGUUGCUGCCCGCCUCCCACUCCCAGGAAGCGCCUGCUCUGGGGGCCUGAGGCUGCCCUGAGCCCUGUGUUCCCCGGACAUGCUGGGCUGGCGCCCCCUGCUGCUUGCCCUGGCGGGGCUGCUCUCCCUAGGGUCUGUCCUUUCACAGGAGUGCACCAAGUACAAGGUCAGCAACUGCCGGGACUGUGUCCAGUCGGGGCCUGGCUGUGCCUGGUGCCAGAAGCUGAACUUCACUGCGCCGGGAGAGCCCGACUCCAUCCGCUGCGACACCCGGGAGCAGCUGCGGGCAAAGGGCUGUGAGCUGGACAACAUCAUGGACCCCAAGAGCCUGGCCGAGCCCCAGGAGGAGCUGGACGGGGGCCGGAAGCAGCUGUCCCCACAGAAAGUGACGCUCUUCCUGAGACCAGGUCAGGCAGCUGCGUUCAACGUGACGUUCCGGCGGGCCAAGGGCUACCCCAUCGACCUGUACUACCUUAUGGACCUCUCCUACUCCAUGCUCGACGACCUCAUCAACGUCAAGAAGCUGGGCGGAGACCUGCUCCGCGCCCUCAACGAGAUCACCGAGUCUGGCCGUGUCGGCUUCGGGUCCUUCGUGGACAAGACGGUGCUGCCCUUCGUCAACACGCACCCCGAGAAGCUGAGGAACCCCUGUCCCAACAAGGAGAAGGAGUGCCAGGCGCCCUUUGCCUUCCGGCACGUGCUGAAGCUGACCAGCAACUCCGACCAGUUCCGGACCGAGGUUGGCAAGCAGCUGAUCUCCGGGAACCUGGACGCCCCCGAGGGCGGGCUGGACGCCAUGAUGCAGGUCGCCGUGUGCCCGGAGGAAAUCGGCUGGCGCAACGUCACACGGCUGCUGGUGUACGCCACCGACGACGGCUUCCACUUUGCCGGGGACGGGAAGCUGGGUGCCAUCCUGACCCCCAAUGACGGCCAAUGCCACCUGGAGGGAAACAUGUACCGGCGCAGCAACGAAUUCGACUACCCGUCGGUGGGGCAGCUGGCGCACAAGCUGGCCGAGAACAACAUCCAGCCCAUCUUUGCCGUGACCAAGAGGAUGGUGAAGACCUACGAGAAACUCACGGAGAUCAUCCCCAAGUCGGCCGUCGGGGAGCUGUCUGAGGACUCCAGCAACGUGGUGCAGCUCAUCAAGGACGCCUACAGCAAACUGUCGUCCCGGGUCUUCCUGGAGCACAGCGCCCUGCCUGACUCCCUGAGGGUCACCUACGACUCCUUCUGCAGUAACGGGGUGUCGCUCGUGGGCCAGCGCAGAGGGGACUGUGACGGCGUGCAGAUCAACGUCCCGGUCACCUUCCAGGUGAAGGUCACGGCCUCCGAGUGCAUCCAGGAGAAGUCGUUUGUCAUCCGGGCCCUGGGCUUCACCGACACGGUGACGGUGCGGGUCCUCCCCCUGUGUGAGUGCCGGUGCCGGGACCAGAGCCAGGAGCGUGGCCUGUGCGGGGGCAAGGGCUCGAUGGAGUGCGGCGUCUGCAGGUGCGACGCCGGCUACACGGGGAAGAACUGUGAGUGCCAGACGCAGGGCAGGAGCAGCCAGGAGCUGGAGGGAAGCUGCCGGAAGGACAACAGCUCCAUUGUCUGCUCGGGGCUGGGGGACUGCAUCUGUGGGCAGUGCGUGUGCCACACCAGUGACGUCCCCAACAAGCAGAUCUUCGGGCGGUACUGCGAGUGCGACAACAUGAACUGUGAGCGCUACGACGGCCAGGUCUGCGGUGGCAAAAAGAGGGGGUCCUGCUCCUGCGGCCAGUGCCAUUGCAAUGACGGCUUCGAGGGCUCGGCGUGCCAGUGCAAGAAGUCCACGGACGGCUGCCUGGACGCGCAGGGUGUGGAGUGCAGUGGCCGUGGACGGUGCCGUUGCAACGUGUGUGUGUGCGAGAUGGGGUACCAGCCGCCCAUGUGCCAGGAGUGCCUGGGCUGCCCCUCGCCCUGCGGCCGGUACAUCUCCUGCGUCGAGUGCCUGAAGUUCGACAAGGGCCCCUUUGGGAAGAACUGCAGCGCGCAGUGCAGGAACCUGCAGCUGGUGGACGUGGCCCUGCGGGGCAAGACGUGCAAGACGUGCAAGGAACAGGACUCGGAGGGCUGCUGGAUGGCCUUCACCAUGUGCCAGCGCCAAGGGAGAGACAACUAUGAUGUCCACGUGGAGGACAGCCGAGAGUGUGUGGAGGGCCCCAACAUCGCCGCCAUCGUCGGGGGCACCGUGGCGGGCGUUGUGCUCAUCGGCGUCCUCCUGCUGGUCAUCUGGAAGGCACUGACCCACCUGAGUGACCUCCGGGAGUACAGGCGCUUCGAGAAAGAGAAGCUCAAGUCCCAGUGGAACAAUGAUAACCCGCUUUUCAAGAGUGCCACCACCACGGUCAUGAACCCGAAGUUUACCCAGAGUUAGGAGCACCUGGAGCCCGCGGGACGUUGGACGCACCCGCUGGGACCCCUGCACUGCGGCUCCUGCACGCUGAGGCCAUGGCUCUGCUCACGUCACCAUUUAGCCCAAGUCCACCAUCCCCUUCCCCUUCGCAAUGACGGGGGGUGGCCUCCCCUUCUGGCCACAGUCUUCGAGAGAAACCGUAGAACGGCACUGCUCAGUCAUGGCGUGGAUGCGCGUCUUCCUGUGUGAAAGCAAGCAGUGCAGCCUAACCCAAGGUGGCGCUCAUUUAUUUAUACUUACACGUAUCAGGGUGUACAUGUUCUAAUCAGUUAUGUGUGUAAUGAAAAAUGAAUAAAACUUCCACACAGGC